UCCUUGUCUCCAGGCCGAGCUCUGACAUAUUGCUUUACUCUGACCACUGGAGAGGAUCCAGAAGAAAUGAUUUCUUUCGUCCCUUGAUCGAGAAAUCCGGCGGAGGAGGGGCAGGACGCCAUUGAGAUUUGGCUUUUGGCUUUUGUGUAGGAAGUGAAAGUGAAGGUGCUUCAGUGGGUUUCAAAAUGGCGGCAUCGCGAAGAGCUUGUACAAGACGUGGUAUGAGACGAGGCAUACAGUGUCCUCGGUCUAUUUUCGGCGUUUGGUCCAGGCUUGCUCUGUGUACCUUUCAACCAGAACCAUGUUGCUCUCUUCCUCCAUCUUUUCUUCAGUGCUACUCAGAUCGUACUAUAUCAUACUUAGCUCUACUUGUCUGCGGUCACUAUAUACUGGCAUUGCCUUCAAUCACGGAUUUAUAGGCAGCACAAUCCGACGCAUCUGUCGAGAGACACGCCAUAUUUCUCAGACAGGAAUAUACUACACGACGUGUGCACGCUGCAUCAAUAGGCACUGUUCCUAAUAUACUUAAUCUAUUCCGGUCAUAUGCUCCUCGCCGAACGAUUGAGCUGAAAGAUAUCGGACCGUCAUGCCCCUGGUGAGCAAUGCUAAGAACCUCUGGCGGAAGUCCAUACACCUCCACGAUCCUUUCAACAACCAUAACAUGGGUCAAGACGUUGCUGCACGCCAUACUGACCCCGUAACUUUGGUUAUCAUAGGAUGUGGGCAGCGCGGAAAGAAAUAUGCUGCUUACGCUCUAGACGAGCCGACGAAAUGCAAGGUUGUCGCUAUAGCGGAGCCCCGUCCUAAGACCCGCAAAAGCUUUGCCGAUGCCCAUCAUGUUGAUCAGACGUUGGUCUUUAAUACUUGGCAAGAUCUACACCAGGCUUCUGCAGAUACUAUAAAGACUGUAGGCAAGCGACUUGCGGAUGCAGUGAUUAUAGCGGUACAGGAUCAUAUGCAUCUUGAGGUCGCGUUGGCAUUCGCGGAGCAAGGAUAUCAUAUCCUCUGUGAGAAACCUAUGUCCACUAAUCUCGAUGAUUGCCUGAAGAUGGAGGCUGCUGUCAAGAAGGCUGGGAUUAUCUUCGGCAUGGGCCAUGUCUUGCGAUAUUCGCCUUAUAGCAAAGCCCUUACUGAGGUUGUGCGCUCGGGAACUCUGGGUCAACUUAUCAAUGUAGUUCAUAUAGAACCUGUGGGUUAUUAUCACUUUGCCCAUUCGUACGUUCGCGGCAAUUGGGCGAGAGAAGAAGAAAGUUGUUUCUCCCUCAUGACGAAGAGUUGCCACGAUAUUGAUAUCCUCUGUCAUUGGUUAUCACCUGGCACUCCUACCCGAGUAUCCUCUUUCGGUUCCCUACAGCAUUUCCGCAAGAUAUCCAAACCACCAGCUGCGGGUUCAGCUACCCGAUGUUUUGACUGUGCGCAUGAAAAGGAAUGUCCUUACAGCGCCAGAAAGAUAUACUUAGACCCUGUGUCACAGGGCAAUACCCACUGGCCAGCGAGUACCAUCGUAGACGGUGUUCCUGACAUAGAGAAUAUUACAUCGGCAUUGAAGCACGGACCUUACGGUCGUUGUGUAUACGAAUGUGACAACGACGUUUGCGAUAAUCAAGUCGUCAACCUGGAAUUCUCCAAUGGAGCGACCGCAACUUUCACCAUGAUUGCUCAUACAUCCCUAAUUUGCGAACGACAAACACGACUGCAUUUCUCUCAUGGCGAAAUCGUAGGCGAUAUGAACACCUUCACUGUCACAAACUUCCGUACAGGACAAACGAAGAAACAUGUUCCAAAGAACGAAGGCGGCGGACACGGUGGAGGUGAUACCGGAUUAAUUCGCACGUUCGUGGAAGCUGUGAGGACAGGCAGGCAGAGCGUACUUGGAACGGACGUGAGUCAAGUGCUGAAGAGUCAUCUGACGGUAUUUGCUGCCGAGAGCAGUCGGAGGGAGGGCAAGGUGGUCGAUUGCUUUGAGUUUGAGAAAGAGGCUAGGAAGAAAGUUAUAAUAUAGAGCCCUAUAGAGUCUCAGCCUAGGUUUGUUUGUGCCUUUUUAAUGUACCUGUACAUGUUUGGGGCCGUUGUACAGUACACUGCCGGCCAGUAGAUCGGAAUUUCUAAUAUGUCACAUCGUUGAAGUCAAGCUGUUCGGCGAGUGUCGGUAUGAACUUGAAAUGGUCUGUCUAGAUCUACAACUAUACAAACGAUAAGAAACGCACUUCAAACCAUCAUGACUGACAAAGAAGAAUACCUAGAGCUUCCCGGAGGGCGUACGCUGGCCUACGCCCAUGGCGGAAAUCCAUCCAGUAAACAAGUUGUGAUUUU